AUGUCCUCUAAGCCUACGGGUCCCGAAAUUCACAAGGCCGUCAACCUUUUGAUUGACAAUUUGGUCAACAUCAAAGAUGAGACUGGCAAGUUUCUACUCCCUCUGCCCGAUGGGCGAAUUAUCGACACAAAAUCGUGGCAUGGGUGGGAGUGGACACACGGGAUCGGGCUGUACGGCGUGUGGAAAUACUAUGAGUUGACCGGCGAAGAGAGAUUGUUGCAAAUUAUCGAAGAAUGGUUCGCAGCCCGUUUCGCGGAGGGUGGUACGACGAAAAACAUCAACACCAUGGCGGUCUUUUUGACGCUUGCCUACGUGUACGAAAAGACCGGCAAUGUCACUUACUUGCCGUGGCUCGACGCCUGGGCCGAAUGGGCCAUGUACGAAUUGCCACGCACCCGUUACCGUGGCAUGCAGCACAUCACAUACAUUACAGAGAACUAUCAGCAGCUCUGGGAUGAUACUCUUAUGAUGACUGUGAUGCCCCUGGCGAAGAUCGGCAAACUUUUGAAUCGCCCUGAAUAUAUUGCCGAGGCCAAGAAGCAGUUCCUGACACACAUCAAAUACCUUUUCGACACCAAGACGGGUCUUUGGUUCCAUGGCUGGACCUUUGAAGAUGGAGGACACAAUUUUGCCGAUGCGCGCUGGGCUCGUGGAAACAGUUGGGUCACCAUCGUGAUUCCAGAGUUUAUCGAACUUCUUGAGCUCCAGCCAGAUGAUCCCAUUCGUCUCCACUUGAUUGAUACUCUUGAGGCACAAUGUGAGGCGCUUCAGCGUUUGCAGUCCUCCUCUGGCUCGUGGCACACUCUACUUGACCACCCCGACUCUUACUUGGAAGCCUCUGCGACCGCAGGGUUUGCGUAUGGUAUUCUGAAAGCCGUGCGCAAGAGAUAUAUUGGCCCCCAAUACCGCUCAGUCGCUGAAAAGGCCAUCACCGCUGUGAUCGGGCAUGUGGAUGAGAGUGGUGAAUUGCAAAACACGAGCUUCGGGACAGGAAUGGGUGACUCGUUCGAUUUUUACAAGCAGAUUCCGCUGACAUCAAUGCCUUACGGUCAGGCCAUGGCAAUCAUGGCAUUGGGUGAAGCUUUGAGGGACCUUUUGUAA